GGAUGUGGCUGUCCGAACAACAGAACAUGCAAUAUUCAGCCGGAUAAUGGUGUUGCGUCUUGUCAUGUCAAUUUGCCCCUAACAUCCUGCAAUAUUUCUUGCAAUACGAACUACACAAUAGCAGAAAAGACAGUGACGUCACCAACCUUACGCUGUUCUGGCGGAAGCUGGACUCAACCAUCACCCGGUUGUGCAUUGAAGAAGACUGUUGAUGUUUGCGACUGGAUUGGAAUAAAUAAUACAUAUGACGUUAGAGCAUACGAUGUUUCCACUUUCUCGUAUAGAAUAGUUCCUAAAUGGCUGACCACAUACAUUAAUAGGUGGUCAUUGCCAGCAUGUGCAGGUAUGCAGAUGUCAGGGAAAGCUCAUAUUAUCUAUAUCAGAGCAAACAUGUCACUAAUAUCACAAAUAAUUCCAAGGUAUUCAUCAUCGGUUGCCAUACAAAACAGGACCAAUGCGAGGCUACGUUCUUGUGCUGUCGCUCUUGAGGCCGAAGUAGAAAACCUUCGAUCAAAUAUAACUGCUGCGGUUAGUACAUUUGGGCCAUAUAGCUGUCAAAAUACUUCGGUAGCUAAGAUCCUGAGGACACCAAGAACGAGAUGCUGUGAUCGCACUGAAUUCUGUUGCCCUGACAACAGUACUUAUAUCAAGACCUCAUAUCUGGCUACGGAUUAUUGUUACGCCUGCACCCCUGGAAUGUAUUAUGAUUCAACAACGCAGAAUUGUCUUGGAUGCCCAGUGAACAUGUAUCAAAACAUUAGCGGCCAAGCCAGCUGUGUUCAAUGUCCGUCCGGUUCAGGAACUCUAAGAACCCACUCAAAGAAAUGCCUAGAUCUGGGCGCAGAUUGUCUCCUGUUAUGAUGGAUGGUGGAAGAAGCCAGGUAUAUCGGCAAAAAGAGUAGAUCCCUUUAUUGCUUUCAAGGAGGUGGCAAGAAAAUUUAGAUCACAAUUAUGACGCCAGGUAUAACGAUCUUGCUCGAGAUUAACUUUGCAGUCUGCAACGACAUGGAGUAAAGAUUCGGGAAGGAGGCAGAAUUCGCAAUCAGAUGAUUGGCUUAGGUUCCAAAGGCUCAGAUUUUUGUGCGUAGGGAGAGUAUUGUUCAGGUAUUUGAUGAUGAAGUUGAAGAUGUUCGUAGGUAGAUUCCUCUGCACAGUAGACCAAAACUAUUGAGCUUUUUAAGAGAGUGGUCCAAAAGCAUUGUUAAAUGCACCCUGGGAUAGUAAUUGGUGUGCUUAGCGCUCUCUACUGUCUGAUUUUACUGCUUUCAGUAAUUCUUUGGUGUUGCGGUAGAUGCCGUAUUGCAGAUUCAUUCCACUACUGGUGUUUUUCCAUAAUGCUUGAAUGUUUGUGUUAAAAGAAGUUCGGAGGGCAUUGCAUGAAACAGUUUGGCAUUGAGUGAAUUUGACAGAAGGUAGAUAAAGAUCAAGAUCAAAUUCAUUUUUAGAAAGAACUAUACUAGUGAUGGUAGCACUUAUGGGAAGAUCAAGCCAUUGGCAAAUGUAUUUAGAGACAAGAUUAUCGAGGUUUUCAAUGACACAGGUCUUUGAUAGGCCUGCAACAGUAAACUGCCAAGAAACUUUAGACAAUACAUAUCUGUGGUACAGCAACAGUAAACUGCCAAGAAAGUCUGGACAAUACAUAUCUGUGGUACAAUAGAAAUUUAUUUUUCGGAUGCAGUGGCAAGUCAUCAAAUUCUUUCAAAAGGCUGGAAAACAUAGCAGUUUUUCUUUACGACUGGCAUUGGUCAUUUCAAAGUCAAAGAAGCGGCUGAGGUAUUUGAAAGGUUGUCCAUUUCUAACAACAGGCACGGAACUGAAGCUUUGGCUGGAACUGAAGAGAUCUUGUUGAGUCUUUCUUAAUGCCAAAGGUGACAUAUUUAUCAACCCUGGCUGGUACAUGCGGUCGUUUUCGUCGUGGGGAGAAAAGCCAAGCUGUUUAUAUUUUUCUGCUUUAAUGUAUUGUAUAUACGUAUUGAAGCAUAGAUUGAAUAUAAGAGGGCUGAAGCAGUCACCUUGAAAAACACCACGACAAACGAGAAUAGUAGGGGUUUGGAAUCUAUCUCUGAGGAUAGACGUCUUGAAGCUGGAGACCAGAGCCUGGAUAUGAGAUGGUAUAUGGUGGUACGAAAGACUAGUGGGAAUCAAAUUAUGGUGGACCUCACUAAAAGCAAUUUUGAGAUCAAGCAGGGUAACAACCAAAGAGCACUGUUUUGUGCAAGCUUUAUUUAUCAUAUGACCCAUAAGUGCCGUGUGUUCUAAAGUACCUGAUACCUUGAGAGUGAAGCCUUUUUGAAUUUGACUUUCAAUGAAUCCAUUUUGUUCAGAAAGUUGAAAAUAGAGUUACGUAGGCAGGAGGUGAUGAUUUUUAAGGGAAAAGAUUCUAAGGUUAUUGGUCUGAAGUUAGAAGGAUCAUCUGUAUUGUCUUUUUUGUGGAUUACCAUCGUUUAUGCUUUUCUUCAUUCGGAUGGAACAUUACCAGAUACCCAGAUGCUAUGAAUAAUUUUAGUAAAGAAAGUUCGUAGGUAAGGACAACGUUUCGAGCAAAUUAUGGAUAUCUUGUCAAAAGGACAGGGAGAAGUGGAGGAUUUCAUGCGAC